AUGUUCUCCAUGCUGCAACCCAGAGAAGAUGAAGAAGACAACAGAGAAAGCGAAGAGCUGAACCAAGCGGUAUCCGAGGACGAUUACCAAACCCUAGAUAACCUCUUGUCCCAAGACAGGGACAAGAGGUUCAUCAACCGCAGGAGCGGCUGGGGCGUACGCAGCACCCCACUGCGCCUGGCCGCCACCAAGGGCCACAUCAAGAGCGUUAAGGUCCUCUUGGCCCACGGGGCAGAGGUGGGCAGCCUGGAAGACAUGAAGGCUCAAACCCUGCUCUUCAUGGCGGUCAGCAAUGGCCACCAGGAAUGUGUGAAGGUCCUCCUGGACGCGGGGGCCAAUCCUGCCAGCAGCAUCUACAACUGCUCUCCGCUGCUCAUUGCCGCGAGGGACGGGGACGUGGACAUCCUGUGGCAGCUCUUGGACCACGGCAUAGAAACCAAUAUUCAAGCGAGGCUGCAGUGGGCUGCCAAGUUGGUGGCUUGUUCUGGUCCCCUCUACCUUGCGACCAUGUACGGGCAUCUGGAGUGCUUUAAGAUGCUGUUGCUUUAUGGUGCUGUUGCUUUAUGGUCCAACUGUAACUGCACUGAGGAGAGAGUGAUUGCCCAGAUCAAGGAGCCCAAGACUCUGCUGGAAACCUGCCUGAGGCACGACUGCAGGAGCGAGUUCAUUGAGCUGCUCAUUGAUUUGGGAGCCAACAUGUACUUGCCCAACGUCAUGGUAGACGAGACAGCAUCCCACAGCCAGGGCCUGGAGCUGCUGCUGCAGGCGAGAG